AUGGGUCGCUACCUCGCAUCAAAGCGAUAUAAAACCAAAAGGUACACUCGUGAUUUGGAUCAAGUUCUUCAUGACGAUCUAUCAAGCCACAAGGCUAUUGACGCUCUAGAAAACCAGCCCGUGGAUGAGUACAAACCGGGUUUGGGCCAGUUUUAUUGUGUCCCUUGUGCCCGCUACUGCGAAACCGAGCAUGCUCUCGAAACACACCAGAGAAGCAAAGUACACAAACGUCAAUUGAAGGCAUUAAAAUUUGGACCUUACACCCAUCAGGAAGCUGACGCUGGUGCCGGCAAAGACGUACAAGUGUACCUCAACAAGCAACAGCAGCAACGGAACAUUCAUGCCGAGCCCCGGGUCCAGAAUCUGUUGACAGUUCCAGAGAAGAUUGAGAAGAAAAACGAAAUGGCGACAGAAUUGGAUCAGGCUGACGAGCUUUCUUCUACCGAGAGUGAGAACCAAAAUGAACCUGCUGAAGCCCAAGAGAGUGUCGAAAUAUCGUAA